AUGGGUAACGUUUGCUGUACCGUGAAUGCUUCCUUGCGAUCUGAUCUCCGGGGCCGUCGCCUGGGCAACAAGAGGGUGCAUACCGAUGGCAAGACCUAUGCUCCCUUUGGUAUGGUGUCACAGCCAGCAGAUCCGCUCAAGGUGUCGGAAUACACGCCCAGCAGGGGUGGCCUCAAAGAGAAGGUGGACCUCCGCGAGUUCAUGACGACGGUGGAAGACCAGUCGCAAAGCAACAGCUGCUGUGCAAAUGCCGUGGCUGGGGCGUACGAGUACAUCAACAAGCGGGAAGCUCUGAAACGUGGCGACUCCAUCGACGACAUCUCGAGACUCUUUAUUUACUACGUCGGCCGCAAGCGGGAUCAGCAGUACUUUCGCGAGGACCCGAAGAUGGCCCCGCAAGACGAGGGCAUGACCCUGGGAGGUGCCAUUACCGCACUGGAGAUGAAAGGGGCCUGCCUUGAAAGGAACUGGCCUUUUGACCUGGACAAAGUGAAUCACAAGCCAGAGCAGGCGUGCUUUGAUCAGGCAUUGCGAUACAAGAUCUCAAGCUCUCGGAAGGUCCCCGUGGACCUGGAUAUGAUGCGCGAGGCUCUUUCUUCCGGGCAUCCCAUUGUCUUUGGGCUGAAGCUCACGUCGCAAUUCUUCCGUCCUCUGCAGGGAGGGUUCAUCCCAACACCGGACCCUAGCGACCCGCAGUCUGCGGAGCAUGGUCUGCAUGCCAUGCUCUUGGUAGGCUACAACGAUCGCCAGCAGGUGUUCAUUGUGCGAAACAGCUGGGGAACAUCUUGGGGUGAUCGUGGAUAUGCAUAUGUGCCAUAUGACUACAUUGCCAACCGGGAGUUCAAUUUUUUAGACCAGACACCCGUCUUGCAUUCAGGAAAGCCGUGA